AUGGCCCUGCUGCUCGCGGGGCUCCUGCUGCUCCUGGGGCUCUGGGGGCUGCUCCGAGCCCACACCCGCACCCCCUCCCCAGCCCCUCGCUGGCCCCCUGGGCCACGCCCACUGCCGCUCAUCGGAAACCUGCACGUGCUGCGCGUGUCACAGCAGGACCGGUCACUGAUGGAGCUUUCGGAACGGUACGGGCCGGUGUUCACUGUGCACUUGGGGCUCCAGAAGACGGUGGUGCUGGCCGGCUACGAGGCCGUGAGGGAGGCCCUGGUGGGCACUGGGUCAAAGCUGGCCGACCGACCCCCCGUCGCCGUCUUCCAGCUCAUCCAGGGCGGUGGGGGAAUCUUCUUCUCAUCGGGGGCACGCUGGAGGGCCGCCCGCCAGUUCACUGUGCGCACCCUCCAUGACCUGGGCGUGGGGAGGGGACCCAUGGUCGACAAGAUCCUGCAGGAGCUGAGGUGCCUCAUGGGGCAGCUGGACAGCUACGGAGGCCGGCCCUUCCCCCUGGCCCUGCUCGGCUGGGCCCCCUCCAACAUCACCUUCACACUCCUCUUCGGCCGGCGCUUCGACUACCAGGAUCCCAUGUUCGUGUCCCUGCUGAGGCUUAUCGAUGACGUCAUGGUCCUCUUGGGGACCCCCAGCCUGCAGCUGUUCAACAUCUACCCCCGGCUCGGGGCUCUCCUCCAGCUGCACCGGCCUGUCCUUCGGAAGAUAGAGGAGGUGCGAGCCAUCCUGAGGACCCUCCUGGAGACGCGGCGGCCCCCCGCGCCCGGGGUGGGCCCCGUGCAGAGCUACAUGGACGCCCUGAUCCAGCAGGGCCAGGGGAAAGACCCCCACGGCCUGUUUGCCGAGGCCGACAUGGUGGCCUGUGUUCUCGACAUGGUCAUGGCCGGCACAGAGACCACCUCCGCCACGCUGCAGUGGGCCGCCCUCCUGAUGAGCACGCACCCGAGUGUGCAAGGCCGGGUGCAGGAGGAGUUGGACCGGGUGCUGGGGCCCGGGCGCCCCCCCCGGCUGGAGGACCAGCGGUCACUGCCCUACACCAGCGCCGUGCUGCACGAGGUCCAGCGCUCCAUUACUCUCCUGCCCCACGUGCCGCGGUGCAUGGCGGCUGACACCCAGCUGGGCGGCUACCUGCUCCCCAAGGGCACACCCGUAAUCCCUCUGCUGAGCUCGGUGCUCCUGGACAAGACGCAGUGGGAGACCCCUCGCCAGUUCAACCCGGGUCACUUCCUGGACGCCGACGGGCGCUUUGUGAAGCGGGCAGCCUUCCUGCCUUUCUCUGCAGGCCGCCGCGUCUGCGUGGGGGAGAGCCUGGCCAGGUCGGAGCUGUUUCUGCUGUUCGCCGGCCUCCUCCACAGGUACCGCCUGCUGCCCCCACCGGGCCUCAGCCCUGGCGCCCUGGACACCACGCCCGCCCCGGCCUUCACCAUGCGGCCGCCGGCACAGGCCCUCCGCGCGGUGCCCAGACACGGGGGCUCUGCCCAAGCAGACCCGGGGAGGGUCUGA